CUACAGAGUGUGUAGGAAAAUUGAGCGUGCCAUGUAAUCGGAAAUUAAUACAUACUAGUAAUAGAAUUUUAUACUGUAAAAAUGAGAGAACCAAGUAAUUACUACCGAGAGCACGCAAAGAGUUUAAAAAGAGUUGGAAAUACAUUAAACAAUGGCACAGUGUGUCACUAAUACCACAAAUGUUAAAAAAUGUGAGCGCAAAUUUUGUUUACGGGCGGAAAAAGCAGGUGUGAGUGCUUUUUUGUGGAGUCAAAAGUUACGUCUGCCUCAUUAUUAUUAUUAUUUGGUUAGCUAAAAAAUUAUUUUUGAUUUGCACAGUUGUAAAUUUGCUGCUACUUAUGUGUAUGUGUGCUGUGACUGCUUACUUUAUAUGGAGAAUGCGUCGCCGGCGUUCAAUGCUAGUUUAUUAAAGGUGAACUGGCGGCCAAAGUCGGACGGACAAUUUGAUUGAGCAUUACGUUGAAAGUGUUGAAGCGGAGCGCACAAAAACACAGCGCUGGUGUAAUUGUUGAACAGCGCUAAAUGUGCUACUAGAAUUUCUCGAAUUUUUGGAAUAAUUUCGAAAUCGUGCAAAAACGUUAUUAUACAAUGUUAUUGCAAAUGUUGACGUUUUAGUGGAAAAAUUUACUUAAUUGAAACAAAGCUUUGCAAAAAAAAUACAAAUAAAAAAAUUGUAAAAUUAAAAUAAAUCAAAAAAAUUAGAAGUAAAAAUUAAAUAAUUAAAAACAAUUAAAAAUAAUUAUAAAUAAAAAGUUUGAAAAAAGUGUCGUAAAACUAAAAAAAAAAAUUAGAGAAAAAUUUUAAAAUAAUUAAAAACAAUUUAAAAAAAAAACCAAAAUAUACUAUACAAAAUUCUAAAAUAAAUUACAAAAAGUUCUAAAAAUGUUUACUACGCAAGCCCGUUAUACCCGUCGUCACUCUCGCUUCGCCUUAGUACAUAUGCUGUUCUUACUAGCAAUAUGCGCCUACUCCGUAGCCAGUGUGCCAAGGUUCGCGCUCGCUAUUGAAUCGCUUGAGGCGGAAUCGUCGGUCGCCAGCAAUUCGGUGGAGGAUUUCGAGGAGAGUUUGGCUGCUGACACGUUGCUGGCAAAGGACACGGUAUUGAAGAAGAAUCCGUCGAAUAUCGGUAAUAAAUUGAAGGAGCUGUGGGAGCAAAUACCUGAGCACACGUUGAAUGCGGUGGAUAUAAAGAAGUGAAGGUGUUCAAAAGUAGCAAAAGUAAUUACUGGCGUUGGCUGGGUGUUAUAUGCAAUGGGGGAAAUGCGGUGAGGGGAUUAAUACAAUCAAAAUAUGAUGCAAAAAGCUGUCAAGUGCUUAUUGGCUGAAUAUUUUUGGAGCGCAGAAGUCGACUAUUAAACUUUAAAUUAAUGAGAUUGAAAACCAAAUACCGACAAAUACCAACGAAUUAAGUUAAAAAAUUGAAAUUAAAAAUUGACAUCAUUUAUUCUCAAGCACUUUUAGGUAUAAGCCAAUAUUUUAAAAACUUCGAUAUGUAUUUUGAAAUAAUAUUAAACUCAAAUACGUAAUAUUCAUUCCAAUACUAACAUACUCAUAUAUCAUAUUUAUUUACAAUAAUUGUGCAUUUAUCUAUUACAAAUAAAUUAAAUAUUUAAUAAAAUUAUAUGCGUAAGCAAUUGUUGAAAUUGCUGAGCAGUUUGCUAAUACCAUACAAAUUAAGAGGUAAAUUGAACUCAAUUUAGCAUAUAAUGGGCGUUUUUUUGGAUACCUGUUUUUUUCAAGAAGAAAUAAAACGCAUAUAAUUUAUAUGA